AGCUGCAAGCUGAUGAAAUGCAGGUGGCCCCUGCAUCCGCCAUUGUCCAGGCGGCCUGAAGCCGCUACCGAGAGCGACCCUCUCGAACCCCGAGCUGUUGCCAUGACGGCUUCAUCCUCCGCCAACGACAACGAAAUCUAAACACACACAGCACAGCCGACGCGAUGAGCUUACUAUACGGACUUGGGGGAACGGGAUCCGCGCUGGCCGUGGUUGGGGCUUACAUGCUCUUCACCGGCAGUGGGGAAUCCUUCGAUGUCGGCGCUUUCAUCGAGGAUAUUUCGCCCUACGCGUGGGCUAGUAUGGGCAUCUCGCUCUGCAUCGGGCUUUCUGCCGUGGGGGCGGCUUGGGGAAUUUUCAUCACCGGAUCAUCUAUCCUGGGAGGUGGUGUCAAAGCGCCUCGUAUCCGGACCAAGAAUCUCAUCUCGAUUAUCUUCUGCGAGGUCGUCGCCAUCUACGGCGUCAUCAUGGCCAUCAUCUUCCAGGCCAAGAUCAGCGCUGUCGAACACGCAGACUACUACAGCGGCGCCACAUACUACACCGGAUACGCCUUGUUCUGGUCCGGCCUGACCGUCGGCAUGUGCAACCUGAUUUGCGGCGUCGCUGUCGGCAUCAAUGGCAGUGGGGCCGCUCUUGCAGAUGCCGCAGACCCGACCCUGUUUGUUAAAAUCCUCGUCAUCGAGAUUUUCAGCUCCAUCCUUGGUCUCUUCGGCCUCAUUGUUGGUCUUCUCACGUCGAGCAAAGCGGCAGAAUUUGGAAGCUACGCCUGAAUAUGUGGCCUGUACCAAGCCGCAGUCGUCAUUCUCCAACGAAACGAACAACGUCCUGGAGAUUUCCAAUAGCCAUGCCAGGGAUUCAGCGCACGCAUCUUACACUAGAUAGUGCCAGAUGUCAUGUGCCAUGUAUUAAAACAAGUCAACAGCAUAUACCAUGCACACACGCAGGCGUGCUGGUACGGUGACAAGGGAGCGGGGCAAGGAAGGGGAUGUGUGUGAGUGAGGGAGUGAGUGAGUACUACAUGAAAGGGAGCCGGGCUUACGACAUAAAUGGGUUUCUCGGUUGGCCAAAUCAAGGCCGACAGUAUUGCGCGCAUGCAUUUUAUUUUGCGUACCAUACCAAGUUUCUGUUAUGGACAUCUAUUUUGUUUCGGUUUCCCGGCUUGCCCCUGGUCGCAUAGCUUGCCCUGUGCGGCAUUCGUUCCGUUCCCUGUGGCCACGUCUGAUGGAAGCGAAGCGAUGGAGGAGCAGGCUCCGAGCAUGGUGCCGGAGUUUCCCCCAUGACCGCAGCCUGCAGCUGUAGGUAGUUUAGCUCUCCACCAAUUCCCGCAGCCUUCCAUCCGCGCUUACCGGAUUCUCCUCUGGGAGGAUAACGAGCUGCGACUCUGUCAGCCUGGAUGCAUCCGCAAGAGAAUAUCCGUCAUACCUGAGUGGACCAGACGCACUCAAGAAACGUGGCAC